AUUUCUACCCAUACACUAACACAACCAUUACAGGCUACACCCAACACCCACGCCGCCGCCCUGCCCGUGUCGUCGCUUCUCAGCCGCGCAACGCCGCCGGUACAGGCCACCGUCCCCUCUUCGUCAUCCAAUCUUCUUCACUCCUGCCCGUACACACAUUAAAAAAUUACACACACACCGUUGAAACCUAGAAAUUUCCGGCAUCCUCUGCUUCGGCCACCCGAUUUUCGAUCGGCGCCGUAGUUUAUCUGUUUCCGACUCCGUUCAGUCGCCAACUUCCGUGCCUUCUUUCUCUGUCAGCCGCACUAUCUCCACUGCAGACCGUCGCACACACUGCACAUAUAUAGAUAAGUAUGGGAUUCUUCGACCGAGGAGUAAUUACUGAUAAGUGGUCCUCUAGGAUCCUUUGGCUCACAGCAUUCGGAAGUGCAGCAGGCCUUUACAUGGUGAUGGUUGAAAGACAGCUGCAAAAUAAAGAACGACAGAUGGCGGAAGCGCUGAGGGCUGCUGAAUCUGGUACACAGGAUGGGAACAAAAUCUGAACCUUAACUAGUUUUGGAGUAGGAAUCUGUAUGUUCAACUCAUUUUUUUGCAUUCCAUGCUUUCAAAAUUCUGGAUGUUGUCGUAAUACUGCAUCAUUCAUGCUAAUAAUAAGAAUCUUGCCAUUAUUUGGCCUUGA